AUGGAAAUGGUUGACGCCAAAGGAAACCUUUUACAAGUUAAUUCUACUUUAAAUUCCGAUCUAUUCUUUGCUCUAAGAGGUGCAGGUGGAGGAAGUUACGGAAUAUUAACAUAUUUUGUCUUUCAUAUUCAUCAAACACCACCACAAGUUACUUCUAUGAACUUGGAAUUUAAUAGUACAAAUAUGAAUCAAGUGUAUCAACUUUUUGAUGCUUUUAAUGAAGUUGGUCCAUCAUUUGAUGAUGGUAUUGCUCUUAAAAUGAGAUUGGUGAAAGGAUCAUUAUCAAUUACUGGAUUAUAUUUAGGCCCAAGUAACGAAGCACAAAAUGCAAUGAAAGAAUUCUUAUCUAAAGCACCAAAACCGAUUUCAUCAGAAUUCGAUCAACAAACAUUUUUUGAAUCUGUUGAAAUACUUUCUAAAUCACCUAAUAAAUAUGAAGUGGUGAAUCCGGUUCAUAAUCCAAAUUUCUUUAAAGCAAAAUCCUUUUUUGUUAAUACAGGUGAAGGACUAACUCAUCAAGCUAUAGAUGUGUUAGUAAAUUUUGUAAAUGGAGCUUAUUGCAUAAUUCUUGCUUCAUUCGAUUUGUAUGGUGGAGCUAUAAAUAUUCAUAAUAAUUCUUCUUCAUUUAUACAUCGUGAUGCACUUUAUUGUGUACAAAUGGAAUCUGAUUGGAAAAGUGCAGAACAAGAUACUAAAUGUUUUAGAAAAUAUUAG